AAACUUCCUGCAAAGAGGUUCCUUUACAGUAUUUUUGGAGAAGUUAGUAAAACCGAAUCUGACAUCACCACCUAGCAGUUUGUGUAGCUAGCAAGUGGUUUGUUCUUAGGGUAGCAGAGGAGGAAAUUGUUCCCCUUCUGAUAAGACAACAGUGAAGAGAGGACGCAUGCUGGUUCUCAGGGAUACGGCUGAUUUCCAGAUAUGACCAUGUACUUGUGGCUUAAACUUUUGGCCCUUGCCUUUGCUUUCCUGGAUACAAAUAUAUUUGUUACAGGGCAAGACUUGGAUACUACCCCACCUGGACUGACUGCAGCAGAGGAGCCCAGUGCUCUGCCUUCUAGUGGCCCCUUACCUGCUCACACCAAUGCAUCCUCACUCCCAAGCAUCUCUGAAAGAGAAAAUGACUCCUCAGAGACCACACCUUCUGCUAGUCCAAAUGAUUCCUCAGCUCAUGUCUCCCUGGACCCUUUGGAUAAUGCUAAUGCUCUUAAUGUGACAGGUGUUGCAACCACGUCUACGCCUCCACCUCCAACUCUCACGCAUGCAGCCUUGCAGGCGCCUGAAGAAGCUGACACCCAGACACUCAGCAGCAAGGCUGACCUUACCACACUCAAGCCCGCUCCUGGCGGGCAUCAACCAGCAGGUACCCCAGGAGAGAGGAGUACAGCCGCCACCUUUCCUGCAGACACAGCCUUCACCCCAGCAGCCGCCCUCAGCCCUGCACACAACAGCUCUGCUGCCUCACUUGCACACACCUCCAACAUCAGCAUCCCAGAUAAUUCCUCAGAUUCCACCUCUAUAGCCACUGAACCUUCCACACAGAGCCCUGCAACAAGCACUCUCCCUCCAACCACAACAAUAGUCCCUACUCCAACCAUGACUCCAUGUGAUGAAAAAUAUGGUAAUAUCUCUGUGGAAUACAAAUAUGACAGUCGGACUAAAUUAUUUACAGCAAACUUACUAGGUGCUGAUUCUGUGAAAUGUCAUUCUCCUGAGUGUGAAAAAACAUUGCAAGGACUACAUGAAUGUUCCCACGUUACAGUUCUAAUAGGUGAUGGUAAUUGUUCUUCACCUAUACAUUUACAAUUAUAUGUGCCACCAGAGCAUGAAAAGUUUAAGUUAUGUGACCGUACACCACACGAAAGAGCAAAUACUUCAAUUGUUUUACAAUGGGAAAAAACAGAAAAUUUUAAAUGCAAUGAAAGUUUCACAUAUGAAUUUCAAUGUGGUACUUCAGUGUCUCACAGUGAAUCAAUUCAAUUAAAUGAUCUUCAACCCAGAACAAAGUAUAGUUGUACUUCAAAAGUAUACUAUAAUGGCCAGAAAUACAGACAUGAGAAUAAAUCUAUUGUAACAGAUUAUGGAGUUCCAGAGAAACCUUCUAUAUCAUUUUGCAAUUCUACAGGACAAACUACAGCACAAAUUCACUGGAAUUCUCUUCCAAAUUUAUCUGGAUUUUAUUUGUCUUAUCGGAAUAACUCAGGAAAAGAUAUAGAGAACUUAAAUCUGAAUGAGAAUCUGACAAAGCAUAAUUUGACAUCUUUGGAAUGUUAUACAGACUAUGAGGUAUCAUUAUUUGCCUAUGUCAAUGCAAGAGUGCAACGCAAUGGAAGUGCUGCAUUGUGUAAAUUUAAAACCAAAUCUGGACCUCCAAGCAUGGUCAAACACCUGAAAGUAACACGGACAUCAGAUAAUGGUGUGCAUAUCCAGUGUAGCCCUCCUGAUAAGAAAAAUGGCCCUUCUUUGAUUUAUAUCUUAGAAAUCAGACCUAAAAGUAAUCAGCAUGAAAGAAACAAGACCAGUAAGGCCUGCACAUUUCAUUUAGAAGAUCUUUGGUAUUCAACAGACUAUGAGUUUCGGAUGUAUUCCUCCAAUGGUGAAUAUGAGGGAGAACCAGCUAUAGAAUUUUACACAACAUCUUAUAAUUCCAAAGCACUGAUUGCAUUUCUGGUAUUUCUGAUUAUUGUGACAUCGGUGGCUCUGCUUGUGGUUCUCUAUAAAAUAUAUGAUCUGCACAAGAAAAGAUCCAGCAAUUUAGAUGAACAACAGGAACUUGUUGAAAGAGAUGAGGAAAGACAGCUGAUGAAUGUGGAGCCGAUUCAUGCAGACGUCUUGUUGGAAACCUAUAAGAGAAAAAUUGCAGAUGAAGGUCGACUUUUCCUGGCUGAAUUCCAGAGCAUUCCACGGGUGUUCAGUAAGUUUUCUAUCAAGGAUGCUCGAAAAUCUUUUAACCAAAAUAAAAACCGCUAUGUUGACAUUCUUCCUUAUGACUACAACCGUGUCGAACUCUCUGAAAUAAAUGGAGAAGCAGGGUCAACCUACAUAAAUGCUAGCUACAUUGAUGGUUUCAAAGAACCCAGGAAAUAUAUUGCUGCACAAGGACCCAGGGAUGAAACUGUUGAUGACUUCUGGAGGAUGAUUUGGGAACAGAAAGCCACAGUCAUUGUCAUGGUCACUAGAUGUGAAGAAGGAAACAGGAACAAGUGUGCAGAAUACUGGCCCUCAAUGGAAGAAGGCACUCGGGCUUAUGGAGAUGUUAUUGUAAAGAUCAAUGAGCACAAAAGAUGCCCAGAUUAUAUCAUCCAGAAAAUGAACAUUACAAAUAAAAAAGAAAAAGGGACUGGGAGAGUGGUGACUCACAUUCAGUUUAUAAGCUGGCCAGACCACGGGGUACCUGAAGACUCUCACCUGCUUCUCAAACUGAGGAGGAGAGUGAACACCUUCAGCAACUUCUUCAGCGGCCCCAUCGUGGUGCACUGCAGCGCCGGUGUGGGGCGCACAGGCACUUACAUUGGAAUCGACGCCAUGCUGGAAGGCCUGGAAGCAGAGGGCAAGGUGGACGUGUACGGCUACGUCGUCAAGCUCAGGCGGCAGAGAUGCCUCAUGGUGCAAGUGGAGGCGCAGUAUAUCCUGAUCCAUCAGGCAUUAGUGGAAUAUAACCAGUUUGGAGAAACAGAAGUGAGUUUGGCUGACUUAAAUGCACAUUCAUAUCUACAUAACAUGAAGAAAAGAGACCCACCCAGUGAGCCAUCUCCACUAGAGGCUGAAUUCCAGAGACUUCCAUCAUAUAGAGGCUGGAGGACUCAGCAUGUUGGACAUCAAGAGGAAAACAAAAAGAAAAACAGAAAUUCUAAUGUCGUUCCAUAUGACUUUAACAGAGUGACACUUAAACAUGAAUUGGAACUGAGUAAAGAGAGUGAGCAUGAUUCAGAUGAAUCAUCUGACGAUGACAGUGAUUCAGAAGAAACAAGCAAAUACAUCAAUGCAUCUUUUGUAAUGAGUUACUGGAAACCGGAAAUGAUGAUUGCUGCUCAAGGACCCCUGGAAGAGACCAUUGGUGACUUCUGGCAGAUGAUAUUCCAAAGAAAAGUCAAAGUUAUUGUUAUGUUGGCAGAACUGAAGCAUGGAGACCAGGAAAUCUGUGCUCAGUACUGGGGAGAAGGAAAACAAACAUAUGGAGAUAUAGAAAUUGAUAUCAAAGACACAAAUAUAUCUCCAAUGUACACUGUCCGUGAAUUUGAACUGAGACAUGCCAAGAGGAAAGACACUCGAACUGUGUACCAGUACCAAUAUACUAACUGGAGUGUGGGCCAGCUCCCCGAGGAAGCCAAGGAGUUAGUCUCAAUGAUUCGAAGCCUUAAAGAAAAGCUUCCCAAGAAGACUCCCAUUGAAGGGAAUAAAUAUCACAAGACUGUGCCUAUCCUAAUUCACUGCAGAGAUGGAGCUGAGCAAACAGGAGUAUUCUGUGCUUUGCUAAAUCUCAUGGAAAGUGCAGAAACAGAAGAAGUAAUAGAUGUUUUUCAAGUAGUAAAGUCUCUACGCAAAGCUAGGCCAGAAAUGGUUUCCACAUAUGAGCAGUACGAAUUUCUGUAUGACAUUAUUGCCAGCACCUAUCCUGCCCAAAAUGGACAAGUAAAGAAAAAUAGCCAUCAAGAAGAUAAAAUUGAAUUUGAUAAUGAAGUGGACAAAGCAAAUCAUGAUGUUAAUUGUGUCAGUUCAACCAGCACCCCAGAACAGACCCAAGAUGUAAACAAACAAGCAGAAGGUUCCAAAUCCACAAGCAGCUCGGAGAAGCCAGAACAUUCUGUCAAUGGCCCUGCGAGCGCAGUUUCGACUGAGAGUUAAUAGGAAAAGACCCAAAGGAGCGACUCAAAACCUCCUUUUAGCUGUGAUUUCUAUUUUCUAGAAAGGGAAAUAAUUGACCUGGGAUAGAGAAGUGCUCGGGUCCAACAUUUGGUGAAGUUUGAUUACUGUGGAAGAAUAUUUAAGAUAGUUUUGGUAAAGAGUUUUGUAUAGUUUUAUGCUUAUCUUAAAAUCUUAUCAUGCAGCAAAAGCAUUGUAGUCAUUGCGUGUGUGUCCUUGUGUGUGGGGUGCCCUUGGCAGGGAACAGGAGUGUGCUUUCCAGUGAACCCAAAUGCUCUUAAGAAACUUUGCCUUUUUCUAUUUCUGAAAGAAACCCCCAUUUUAUACUGUACUGUUAACUUUGGUGGAAGGUUCUGAUUUCUAACAUCAUCACUCCAUAGUGGCUGUGUAAGAAUAACAUAUAUUUGGACAUUCACCUCAAGAUGUCCUCCUAGUCUUACUCAUAUACAUCAGUUGGUAGUUUACUUAUAAUGGAUAAAUGUAGCAUGUGUGUGUAUAGCUACUAUGAAAGGUUAGGUAAAUUAAUAUUUGGAAAUCUUACAUAAAAGAGUACAUAUGGCUUUGCCGAUUUUUUGUUUCAAAAAGUGUAUUAAUGUAUAGAGAUAUCAAGAAAUUGUCUAGAAUGGUGUGACAUCAUGAGGACAUUUUUCUUUUUUUAAUGUUCAUUUUAAUAAAUUUGUGCUAGUGUAAAAUGCUUCUAACUGGAAGAAAUUAAGAAUUGCUUUAAGUGUGUGCAGUGAUAGAUUUGUUAAUUUGCUUGAAUGUGGAAAUAAUUUCAGAAUGUAUUUGUAUCUCAGAGCAUGAUGUUGUACACCUUAAAUAUAUAUGAUUGUAUUCAUCAGUUAUGUCAAUAAAAAGUGAGUUAAUUUAAAAAAAUUUCAUGCAACUGUGUUUUGCCAGAUGUUUUCAUGAGCAACUUAAUGAAGCUAUACUUGGAGAUUAAACAGUGAUAUGAGAAAUGCCUUAUUGUAUGUGCUUGUUCCCCAUUAUUAAAGUCUGUCUUUAAUUUUCA